GAAAAUAAGGUUUUGACUUGCCCGCGUUCUCUUCUUCGUGCGUUCUCCUUUACUUCUCCUGUAGGUUCUCCCUCGCGUUCUCAUUUGGUUCUGCCGCGUUCUCCACUAUCUUGUUUGGUUCGCAACCUAUGUCGGCUUCGCGUUUGGUUGGCAGUGUUCCCCUUUGCAGGGUUCUUUUCAAUGGCAGCCCUACCUCACUCUCUCAACGACGACCCUGUAUCCCAUAUUAACGACAACCUUGCAUCUCAUCUUUGCUUUAGGUGUGGCUGGUUUGCUUUCACGGCAGGCAAUGGAAUUAUAAGUCUGUGCCCGAAAGCCUUUCGGAAACAAAUUUACAACCAACCAUCAAUGGCUUCUAUCUUUGUUGGGUGUUUCACUGUUGCUUCUUCUUUUGAGUUUUGGGAUUGGAUGGAUUGUACCUCCAUUGUUGUGGGCUCUUUCCAUCCAUUUUUUGCUGGGGACUGCUUAUUCAAUCGAUCUACCCUGUGAGAUGGAAGAGAAUUGUAGUGCUUGAACCCUCCUACAAAGCCAAAUGUUUUUGGGUGCUAAUAUGUGUGUGUAAUAUUAAAUCUGCAAACCUUUGUGUUCAAGAGGCCAACUAUGAUUCUAGAUCAUUGAUUUUUUCUACAACAUUCUUGAGUUUCUUCUCUUUAAUUUAGCAUUGCUCAAGGAUAUACCUGAGAAUGAAGGAGAUGACAAAUUUGGUAUUCAAUCUGUCAGUGCAUUUGGGUCAGAAGAGGGUACGUUCUUCUUAUGUAUAAUCUCAGAGGACUUGGUUGUGCCCUCUUGUAUCCUUGAUUUACCAUAAAUAAGUUUCUCUCAGGUAUUCUGGAUUUGUGUUUCACUUUUUGAAAUGAUUUAUAGAGUUGCCAUUCUUGUGGGUGCAACAUCUUCCUACCACUGGAGCAAAAUGAUCACGGUGACUUCCUAAUUACUUAUAUAAAUUAUGCCACUGUAAUGGAUUUUUAUUAUAUCAAGUUUAUAGCAGUGAGUUUCAAUGUUUUAUA